AUGUCGGACAAGCGUGUGAUGAUCGCCUGGCGAAGACGUCCCUUCAGUCUAUCAGUUCCGAGUAUCUUUUUGCUUUAUGUAUUUAAUCGCUCUUUCCUUUGUUUUAUUUUUUUUUAUUUUUUUUAUUUAAUCGAUUCUCUUUCCUUUGUUUUUCUUUUUUUUUUUAUUUUUUUCUUUCAAUUUAAUUUUUUCAUCUUCUUUUUUCCCUCUUUCUUUUCCUUUCUUUUCAUUCUUUUCUUUUUUUACGUCUUUUCUUUCUUUUUCUUUCUUUCUUUUACUUUCAUCUUCUUUCCUUUAUUUUUUGCUUAUUACUUUCAUCCUGCUUUCCUCCUCAUCUGUCUUUUCUUUUUAAAGCAAUUCGAUCUUUUUUUUCUUUCUUUUUUUCUUUCUUUCUCCGGAACUCUUUUCACUUUAGAUUGUUUCUUUCUUUUAAAGUUUCUCUUUCAUUUAUUUCAUUCUUUAAUCGCCAUUUUUUUAUUUUUUCAUUUUACUUUUAUUUUGAUUUUUAUUCGUUUCUUUCUUUCUUUCUUUCUUUUACUAAAUUUUAUCAUUUCAUUCUUUUGUUCUUUUCUUCUUAAAACUUUUUUUUUCAUUCUUAAAAUUUUUUAUUACUUUCUUUUUAGAUUUUUAAAUUCAUUGUUUCUUUUAACUCUCUUCUUUCUUUUUUUUUACCCCCUCCUUUGUUUUCUAUUCGUUUUAUUUCUUCGUAUCUAUCUAUCUAUCUAUCUAUCUAUCUAUCUAUCUCAUUCUUUUCAUAUCUAUCUAUCUAUCUAUCUAUCUAUCUAUCUAUCUAUCAUCAUUUUUGACAUAUCUCGCUAUUUGUUUUAUUUCUUCGUAUCUAUCUAUCUAUCUAUCUAUCUAUCUAUCUAUCUAUCUCAUUCUUUUCAUAUCUAUCUAUCUAUCUAUCUAUCUAUCUAUCUAAGUCUGUCUGUCUAUCUAUCUUAUUCUUUUUAUAUCUACCUCAAUCUUGUCAUGUCAUUAUCUAUCUAUCUAUCUAUCUAUCUAUCUAUCUAUCUAUCUAUCUCAGUCUUAUCAUAUCUAUGUCAUUCUUUUCAUAUCUAUCUAUCUAUCUAUCUAUCUAUCUAUCUAUCUAUCUAUCUAUCUAUCUAUCUAUCUAUCUGUUGUGGCCUUAAACAUUCUUUAUCUAUCUAUCUAUCUAUCUAUCUAUCUAUCUAUCUAUCUAUCUAUCUAUCUAUCUAUCUAUCUAUCUCAUUCUUGUUAUCUAUCUAUCUAUCUAUCCAUCUAUCUAUCUCCAUCUCAUCUAUCUAUCUUCCAUCUAUCCCAUUCUUGUCAUCUAUCAUCUAUCUAUCCAUCUAUCUAUCUAUCUAUCUAUCCAUCCAUUCUUCUAUCCCAUAUCUAUCUAUCUAUCUCUAUCUAUCUAUCUAUCUAUCUAUCUAUCUAUCUAUCUAUCUAUCUAUCUAUCAUCUCUAUCUAUUCAUUCUUUUCAUCUCCAAUCCAUCCAUCUUCUCAUAUCUAUCCAUCUAUCUCAUUCUCUAUCUGUCAUAUCUAUCUCUAUCUAUCUAUCUAUCUAUCUAUCUAUCUAUCUAUCUAUCUAUCAUCUCCAUUUUCAUAUCUAUCUAUCUAUCUAUCUAUCUAUCUUCUAUCUCAUUUCAUAUCUAUCCAUCUAUCUCAUUCUUCCAUCCAUUCUUGUCAUAUCUCCAUCCAUAUCUAUCUAUCUAUCUAUCUAUCUAUCUAUCUAUCUAUCUAUCUAUCAUCUAUCUAUCAUCUCUUAUCUAUCUAUCUCCUAUCUUAUCUAUAUCUAUCUCAUCUAUCUAUCUAUAUCUAUCUAUCUCAUUUUUCCAUAUCUAUCUAUCUAUCUAUCUAUCUAUCUAUCUAUCUAUCUAUCUAUCUCAUUCUUUCAUAUCUAUCCAUCUAUCUCAUUCUUGUCAUAUCUAUCUAUCUAUCUAUCUAUCUAUCUAUCUAUCUAUCUAUCUAUCUAUCUAUCUAUCCCAUUCUUUCAUCAUCCAUCUAUCAGGAUUCGUAUCUAUCUAUCUAUCUAUUGAUCUAUCCAUCUCAUUUUCUUCUUCUCACGCCAAACAGUUACACUACCCACAAUUACUUUUUUUUUUUAUCUAUCUAUCUAUCUAUCCAUGCCUUCCAGCUCCUUGCGAACUCCAUCUAAGGCUAUUCCAUAUCUAUCUAUCUAUCUAUCUAUCUAUCUAUCUAUCUAUCUAUCUAUCUAUCUAUCUAUCUCUGGCUAUUCCAUAUCUAUCUAUCUAUCUAUCUAUCUAUCUAUCUAUCUAUCUAUCUAUCUAUCUAUUUCUGGCUAUUCCAUAUCUAUCUAUCUAUCUAUCUAUCUAUCUAUCUAUCUAUCUAUCUAUCUAUCUCAUUCUUAUUUCCUUCGAGCAUGCUUCAGCCCGGCGGCAAGCCCCCGUUUCUUCUCUCUUCACUUCAUCCGUCGGAGUAAAUCGCGCCACCAGCGUGGGCGAUCCUUGA